AUGUCCAUACACAAAAUAUUGGCAUCCUUUUAUUGUACUAAAUCUUUAAAUCGUCCCAAGAAUGCAUAUACUACAACGCUAAAUAAUCCGAAAUUCCAGUUUACCAUACAUCCAAAACCUGCAAAAUCGGUGAUUACUAAUACUAAAUGGAAUCAGUUUUAUAAUCGCCAGCUAAAAAAUGUUUCUCAGCAUAAAUUUGUUCUUCACGAUGGUCCACCUUAUGCUAACGGCGAACUGCAUGCUGGACAUGCACUAAAUAAAGUAUUAAAAGAUGUUCUUCUUCGCCUCAAACUUCUUUCUGGUCACUCGGUUGAGUAUAUUCCCGGUUGGGAUUGUCACGGUUUACCAAUCGAACUUAAAGCUGUAGAAAAUCUAAACAUAUCAUCUGCAGAUGAAACACGAAAAUUAGCUUCACUACUAGCCAAGAAGUUUGUUAUGAUCCAAAAAACAUCUUUUCAAGAUUGGGGUGUUAUUGGAUCUUGGAAUGAAUACUAUUCUACAAUGGAUAGAUGUUUUGAAGCAACUGAACUUAAAGCAUUUUCGGAUUUACAUUUCAAGGGUUUUAUUUUUCGAGGGUUCCUACCAGUCUAUUGGUCCACAUGUACAAAGUCUGCUGUAGCUGAAUCAGAGCUAGAAUACAAUCAUGAACACAAAAGUUGCUCCACUUAUUUGAAAUUCAGCUUAACAAAAUACAACAACCGUAUAGGAAAAUAUGUUGGCAAGGACUCCAAUGUGUAUGCAAUAGUUUGGACUACCAACCCAUGGACUAUAUUUUCUAACGAAGCUGUAGCAUUUAACUCAAAUUCUAUUUACGUCCUUCUAAAAUGUCAGGCGUCGGGGGAGGUCUAUUUAGUCAGCAAAUAUUUUUGUGACCACUUGAGAUCUAUGCUACCGAGAGGUAAAUUACACAAGGUUGAUGAGCUAAUAGGUAAUGACCUUACUGGUUGUUUUUAUCAUCAUCCAACACGUGUUUCUUGUGAAAUGCCGUUUUUACCAAGCUCUCAUGUUUGCGAGUCUUACGGUACUGGUUUGGUUCAUAUAGCUCCAUGUCAUGGAAAGGAGGACUUCAGGUUGGCAAAAGAAUAUGAUUUACCACUGAACUUGUUUGUUGAUGAAUCUGGCUGUUUCACUCAAGAAAUCGGUGCGGAAUUGGCAGGUCUCAGUGUGUUAGAUGAAGGAAAUACUUCAGUCAUGAAAUUGCUUGAACCAAUCACUAUACACAGAGAAGUUAUAUCUCAUAGCUAUCCUUACGAUUGGCGUACUCGGAAGCCUGUCAUUAUUCGGCUCUCUAAUCAGUGGUUUGUUGAUACAGCAAAAAUAUCGCAUCUUGCUUUGGAGGAAUAUAAAAAGGUUCAUGUUUUUCCUGCUUCUCAUAAGGAUUCUAUGAUCCCAUUCCUAUCUCAAAGACCAAGUUGGUGUAUAUCACGUCAACGAGCCUGGGGUGUUCCGAUUCCUGUACUUUUCAAGAGAAAUGAUAAUUCGCCAAUCGUAGAUUAUGAUUUCAUUGACCAUAUUGUUGGUCGCGUGAUCUCCGAAGGUAGUGAUUUUUGGUUUACCGAAACAUGUGAUCAACUUAUCCCUGAAAUAUUUUGGAAAAAGUGGUCACUUACAAGUCAAGAUGUUUAUAAAAGUACAGAAGUAUUCGAUGUUUGGUUCGAUAGUGGUCUUUCAUGGUUAUGUGUUGUAAAUAGUAAUAAUUAUUCACGCUUACCUUGCUCAGAUCUUGUUGCAGAUACUUAUUUAGAAGGUCAUGAUCAAUUCCGUGGUUGGUUCUCAGCUUCACUUCUACUUAGUAUUGCACUUACUGGACGUGCACCUUUUAAAAAUCUUGUAGUACAUGGUUUUGUUGCGGAUUCAUAUGGUCGUAAAAUGUCAAAAUCUUUAGGAAAUGGUAUUACUCCAAAAGAAUUAAUUUCUAGUCAAAACGAUUGUGUUGAUAUAAUGCGUCGAUGGGCAUGUUAUUCCGGCUUGGAUAGUGUAUGUCGUUUGGGUUCUAAAGAAAUCGAUCAAAACACUACUAGUUAUAAAGCUCUACGUAACAGUUUACGCUUUAUGACUGGGAAUUUAUACGAUUUUAAUCCAGUUACCCAACUGAAUUAUGAUGAACAAACAAAUUACUCAUUGUCUAAAUUAGUUUUAGACAUGACAAAGAAUGCAAGUGAAGAUAAUCCCAAUUCUUGUCUUACUGCAUUGGACAAAUCUGUUCUCUAUUCUCUGUCUACUAUUAUUUCAAAUUCGUUGAAUAUCUGUUAUCCACAAUUUCGAUAUAAUACAAUUUUAGCUGAAAUUGAUCAGUUUUUAUCGUAUCUAUCAUCUGUAUAUAUUACUUCAGUUAAAGACAGAUUAUACUUCAACAGUGCGGAUGAUUUGUCGCGACGAAACAUACAAACAAACUCAUCAAUCAAAGCAUGA